AGGAGCUGAAAUCACAAAGUGCAUCAGUGCUAGGUUUCUCUUUAGUAAAUAUGGCAAGUACAUGCUACCAGAAGUGCAUGGAUUCACGAGAAACAUCUAUUUCCUCUUCUGAAAAAAAAUGAAUCAAAAAUUGCCUAAAAGCGAUGCAAUUUUCUCAUUACAAGAUGUUUGAAAUACUUCAGAAGAAGAAUGAGGAGUUUGAGCAAGAACAGGAAAAUCAAGAGAAAGAAAAACAACAGAAACAAAAUGAGGAUAAACUCCAACAAGAGAAAGAAUAUAAAAAGGAAUGGCUCAAAAUUUAAUAU